AUGGACCUCCUGACGUUGGAGGGCGUUCUCUGGGCCUUCAGCGUGUCGAUGCUCAUCAUCGGCCAGUAUCUUAUCUACGGCAAGUGCCAUCCAUCCAUCCAUCACAGACCCGCUCCCCUCCCUCCCAGCCUCACCUCGUGUUGUUCUUUUGCACUGCAAGCUUCCGCUGUGGAGUGUUUGCGGCCACGGCAACGCCCCACACUGGCAUUUGCCCGAAUGGUUUUCGUCAUCGGGAGGGCUCCUGCAGCUGUUACAAGCUCUUCACGUCGCCGCAGAAGAGCUUCAACAGUGCAAAGAUAGCCUGCAAUGUGGCAGGGGCCUCCGGAGAAUAUGACCACCUGGUAGGCAAGCCAAGAAAUCGCCAUUCAUUCGACGAGCCUUCCAUGCAUCCUUCGCGUGCAGGUGACGUUGAGUGACCCUGCCGAGAUGUGGUGGCUGCAGGAGUUCAUCAGUGGGCAGACUUCAUCACACGCCCACGUAUGGGUUGACUACAGACGUGUAAGGACACUCGUGGGAUGAAUGGAUGGCGUCAUGUGGCGACGAUUGGCCUAGCGUCUCUGUGGUGGCAUCAGACCGAGAGUGGGUCGUUCUCGGAGCCCUCUACCCCAGACUUCGGGGGCGCCGAGAGAGGUGCAGCAAGAUGGCAAGGCCGGACACUGAAACAGAAACCGGACCACGGGUGUCUCCUUUGUGUGCCCUCCCUCGUGCAGACCGUGAGGGCAUCCUGACGCCAGGCAGCUGGACGCCCAGCUCAGAGUACCACCAGGCUAACAUCCACGAGGCCGAAUGGGAGCCGUACCAUCCCCACGGCGACAGCAAUUACGCCUGCGCAGCGAUCUACUGGGACGCACAUGAGCACGACCACGGACACAUGGCGGCUCUGCUCUCUGAAGAUUGUUUCUCUUCGGAGCCUUACAUUUGCGAGGUCGAGCCGUCCCCGGCCGGCGAGUGCAGUAACCCGAGAGACAUAAAUUGCCUUCCAUUUGGCGAAGACAUUCUUGUGUCUGUCUCUUUCCUGUCAGCCCCUGCUCCAGCUGUCGCUUUGACGGUGCCUAACGUGAAUGAUUUCGCCUCGACUGGAUCCUUCAGCAUCACUGUCAAGUUCUCCGUACCAGUUGACCAAGGCACGUUCAGACCGGAGCGGCUUGUGGUGCUCGGCACCACAAGUGCUGACGUCUCGGUGGCAGACUGGCCUGAGAGUGACAUGACAGCCACGGUCACCAUCGAUCCGACCCCUGCGAAAGGGUUAUUUACGCUUAUGGCUCUUGAGGGGCUGGCUGAUGGGCAAAGCGAUGGACAGGGGAGCCUGCCGUCGAUGCCGCUGGUCAUUCACAGGGGGUGUCGCAUCGACAGACAGGAGUGGUCCACGGCCACUCAGCUGGAUCAUUACCCCAAGGUGCUCAAGCCUUUUGACUGCGCACUCAAGUGCCACCACACAAGGCAUCCGGUCCACAGAGUCGCCAAACAACAGGGUGCAUCUGUGCGUGUAUGUGCGUGGUUUCAGCGGCUGCACUCACUACACAGUCAGGAGUGACUCCGGUGGCUCUUCCUCGAACGGCUGCUACCUGCACUCGGGGACCAUCAGCAAGGAGUCUGCUGACGCUGCGGUCUCUGAACUCCUUUCAUGCGGCCCAGUCCACGGUGGGGAGACACACUGGCGUGGACUGACUGCAUUGUGUAUUGCUUCUUUUGCAUUUGAUGAGAGACACCUACGGUUCCUCUUUGGCACCCACUCCUCAGAUGUGGACGAACCUCAUGCGUGGAUUGCCCAAAACGCCACCUCGUUCAACACGACCUCUUUCAGCGUCGACAUCAUUUUCGACGAGCUGGUCCGCCGAUCCGUGGCCGACCUAAGGCGCCUGGUCAACAUGACGGCGGCCAACAGCACGGCGUUCGACUACAGUGUGACCGACGUCAGCUCGCCCAGGGCCCUGGUGGCCCUGAAGGCUUUACGGGUGGAUGUGAACGUCACAGAGGCAGCAUUGGAGAACGGGAGUGUGUUCCUGUUCCAAUUCAACAAAUCGCAUGCCAUUGUUGACUUCGCCGAUAACCAGCUGGCUGCAGAGAACCGAUCGGCGGUCAUAGCCCUGCAUUAUGGUGAGAGAGCCAGCAUACCACUGCCUGUCUGUGUCUUGGUGAGAUGCCCGCUUUCUUGUGCAGCCGGCCCCUCUCUGCCAUUGAGUGUCUCCACCACACCCGCACCUGUGGUACAUAUGCGCAAAUGCGGUGUCAGCCACCGGCCACCUUUGUGUGUGUGCUCUCGGUCAGGUGACGACUGUCAUUCCGUCAACCACUCCCAGCCCAACAACCACAACUAG